ACCCGAAAUCUACCAAAACCCAUUAUCAUCCUCCGCAUUCGAAAACAGCAUGGUGCCGUUUUUACAAAACUGGACCCACCACCAGAAGAGGGACCCCUCGGAGGUGAGCUUCGACACGAUGACGACGACGACGACGAUGAUGAUGACUGCAGAUUCGAUUGGUGGUGGUGGUGAGGUGGAGGAAUUUGGGUCGGAGGAUGACUUGUUUUCCACAUACAUUAACGUCGACAAGUUAACCAGCGAAGGAGGCGGUAAUGGUGAUGAUAUUGGGAAUGGAAAUGGGAAUUGUAAUGGUGACAGUGGACAAAACGGUGCGGUUCAAAGUGGGACAACUACGACGUCGUUUAAGGGACGGCAGGAUGAGCACAGGCAUAGAAGUUCUAUUGAUAAAUAUGACGAAAUAAUGGAAGCUAAAAAAGCUAUGCCACCUGAUAAAUUAGCUGAGCUUUGGAAUGUUGAUCCCAAACGAGCCAAAAGGAUAUUGGCAAAUCGGCAGUCGGCUGCUCGUUCAAAAGAGAGAAAGGCUCGUUAUAUAAAAGAACUUGAACGCAAAGUUCAGAAGCUUCAGACUGAAGCUACAUCUCUUUCUGCCCAGCUCAGUUUGUUUCAGAGGGAUACAACGGGUUUGAGUAGCGAAAAUACGGAGCUGAAGGUUCGGCUACAAGCGAUGGAACAACAAGCUCAGUUGUGCGAUGCUCUCAAUGAAACGUUGGCGAAGGAAGUGGAGAGGCUUAAGAUUGCAACUGGGGAAAUAAUGGCUUCCUGUGAUUCAUAUAAUUCGACAGUACAGCCAAAUCCAUACAUCGAGUCCACCAUUUUUGCAGUUGUGCAGCAACCAGGUUCAAUUGCUGGCCACCAGAAUUUUCAAUUGCUGACGGACCCCAUCUCUGAUAGCUCACAGAUUGACUCACUAGGGCGAUUACAAGGGCUUGACAUCUGUAAUAGUGGCACAGGAUCGAGUUUUGUGAAAUCCGAAGGCCCUUGCCUUUCUGCAAGUGAAAGUAGCACCACAUUUUGACACCAUUUGACUCUUGUAGUUAACUCAUCCGCGGUGUGGAUGUAAAUUGUUCAUAGACUGACAUAUUAAGUCGUUUAGUACUUCAUAUUUUUACUACCAUUAUUCUUUUCAUACUUGAUUGUUCAUUCUUUUUCUUUUCCCGAAAAUAGGGAAGCUCUCCCAGGUUUUGAUCCAAUGUUCACUGUGUCCUUCGCUGCAUGUUUGGAAUCUGUCAUUUGGGGUAAUAGAAUGUAUGGGAAAGAAGGGUUUUUCUUACGCCCAGUUAAAAUGUA